AUGGGUUUCUUCAACCGUCGCCCCGCGCCUGUUGCGGCUGAUACUACUACUUCUACUGGUACUCACCAUGAGAAGAAAGCAGGCAUCUUUGGACGCAAAGAACCCAAGAUGACGUCCCACGGUUCACCAUCGCACAACAGCAGGCCGACCUUUGGUCAGUGGAUCAAGGCUACUGCUCUCGAUAUCAUCACCAUGGCCAUCAUGGGUGCUAUCGGUCUUGGUGUCUACAUGGCGGACCCGGCGCCUAGUCGCAGCUUCCCCAUUACCUUCAGGGACGGCGAGAUUGUGUACCCAGAGUUUGCUUAUCCUCUACGCAAUGAGAUCAUUCCCAUCUGGGCAGCUGCCCUCAUGGCCUUCUUCAUCCCCUUCGCAGUCUUCCUGAUCGUCCAGAUCCGCGCCCGAAGCUUCUGGGACGUCAACAACGCCACCAUCGGUCUUCUGUACUCGCUCAUUGCCGCCGCCGUCUUCCAGGUCUUCAUCAAGUGGCUCAUUGGCGGUCUGCGUCCUCAUUUCCUUGCCGUGUGCAAGCCCGACAUCUCAGGCUACCUCAAUGUUGACGGACCAAACGACGGCAACGAGCGGGCGGGUGCUACUGGCCUGAACAUGGCCAAUGGCUACCGCCAGAUCAUGUUUGACCGCAGUGUCUGCACAGGCGACAAGAAGCAGAUCAACGACAGUCUCGAGUCAAUGCCGUCUGGUCACACCACGGCUGCUUUUGCUGGCUUCGUCUUCCUGUACCUCUACUUGAACGCCAAGCUCAAGGUCUUCUCCAACUAUCACCCAGCAAUGUGGAAGCUCAUUGCCAUCUACGCGCCGCUUCUUGGUGCUUGCCUGAUCGGCGGAGCCCUCACCAUUGACGAGUUCCACAACUGGUACGAUAUCUUCGCCGGCGCCGUAAUCGGUACCAUGAUGGCCUUUUCCUCCUACCGCAUGGUCUACGCCUCCGUCUGGGACUUCCGCUUCAACCACAUCCCUCUCCUGCGCCACGCUCCUUUCGUCUACGGUGCAGGCGCCAGCUCCUUCGAUGGCUUCCACGACGCUGUCUUCACGCGCAAGGCGGGCUGGGGCACACAUGAGGGUGGCAGCUGGGGCGGCGCACCCUUUGAUGCUGCUGAUGGUCCUCGCGGCACUAUGGCACCUCACCCUGACGGCCCGGCUGGUCACCAUGGACAUCACGCUACGCAUGGCAGCACGUCCAGCCGCAUGCAGAGGAAGCCGGUUGGACCUGUGUCUAAUGGCCGACAUGGUGAGCAGAUGGUCUAG